CAUGCGCGGUGUGCAGCGGGCAGGAGACGCAGCUCGGGUGGUGACAGACUCGGAGAAGAGCUAACAGUGAACGGUGGACGGGCGACUGGCAAUGGAGAGAGGGGACGGUACAGGGAGAGGGAUCAUUCUGGAGCCACGAGAGCAUGUCGGUGAUACCGAGAGACGCCGUUUGCACGACUGUUCCUCUAGUGAUCUUUUGAAACACACGUAGGAAAGAUUAAGUGGACGACGGUGCUGAUUUUUUGGAAACAACGGCGCGGUGGUUUGGACAGAUUAACAUUAGUAAAAAAAGGGGAGAAUUAGGUUCCUCAGUAUGAGUCGAGAUGGAUGGAGGAAUAAAGCCAGUGAAGAUGAUGGUUGGGGAGGAAGGGUAAGAGUGCGUUGUAGAUUGUCUGAAAGGACACGUUGUUCAUUGUGGAUGUAUUAGACGUUGACUGGCAUGUUUAAACUAGACUGCAUCGCUAAACAAUUUUUUUUUUAUAAAAUUGACUUUCACAUAGGCUGCUCAAAUCCAUUUUUUGCACAUCGACUAAGGCAGAAAAACAUUCUGUAGACUGCACAGCAAAAAUGCACACUGACUUAACCAAUCUCACUUAUUUCGAUUAGAUUCAAUUCACUUUGUAUGUGGUUUCAAGCCCCUUUCAAAUCCUGGACAUGCAUCAAAUUUGAUUUCAUGGCUUAAAACCAGCAUGAAGGCAGGUUGGGUACCUGUGCCUGGAGCAAUAACAAGAUUUCUUUCUUUCUUUGCAUUCUUUAUUUUAAUAUCUCUUCAGGUUUUGUCGCUGUUGUCUGUGCCAAAUACAUUCAGAAUCAUUACCUAUUUAAAACAUAAAUUCAGGGUGAAAUCUCCAUGUUUGUGCAAAACCAAAUGUAACUUGUAUUACAAAAUACACUUAAAAAUCAAGAAAAAAUAGGCUACUCAUAGGAAGCAGGUAUCAUGUUCUAAGUUCAUUUUAAGACUGCAGUUAUCCUUAGAUGCUCCGUGUCCGUAAAUGAUGGCUUUGUUAAAAAUUGUUCACAUGAAUUGAAAGGUUUUGGCAUGGUGGUACAGGCAGAGGUUGCCUCUGUGUGUUGGGCUUUUCCCUCUUUUGUCUGUUUAUUGCUUCAGACUCAACUCCCGAAUCCCUGAGUUCUUGCCGUUACCAUGGCAACAUGGAGCCGCCGUGCCAGCAGGUUCGCGCUUCCAAGUGCGUUGAAUGUGUGAGGCGUAAUCAGACGCUCGUCAGCCAGACACUGCCCAGUUUGUUCAUUGUGUGCAUUUCUGUCUGAUUCAGCCAGAUCAUUUCAGGAGCUGUGACUUGCUCGAAGGGGGGCUACAUGGCUGCUAAGGUCACAAAGCUGGAGGAGCAGUUUAUGAGGGAUGCUCCCAGGGAGAAGGAAAAACAGGGGACCUCGUCCAGCAUCUUCAGCGGAGUGGCUAUCUAUGUUAAUGGAUACACAGAACCCAGUGCAGAUGAAUUGCGCAGACUAAUGAUGCUACAUGGAGGACAGUAUCAUGUGUAUUACUCGCAUACCAAAACUACGCACAUCAUUGCCACCAACCUGCCUAAUUGUAAAAUACAGGAACUGAGAGAGGAGAAAGUAGUACGGCCAGAGUGGAUCACUGACAGCAUAAAGGCAGGGCGGAAACUCUCAUAUCUGCAAUAUCGGUUAUAUGCAAAGCAGAAGGGCCUAAACUUCACCAGUGUGCGACCUUGGCAAUUGAAGGAGCAAGCUGGGUCUGGUCAAGGGCCAUCACAUUUCAACCUGAACCUACCACAACAAAGCAACCUCCAUAAUUUCUCAAACCCAGCUCUCACAGUUACUCAAUCAGCACCAUCCAAACCUACUGAGAAAACCAAUCGGCAGAUGGUAAACAGACCGAAUGGCUCCCAUAUAAGUUUUUCUAAGGAGGAAGGUCCCAAACUUAAUGGGGUUCAUGAUGGGUACAGAUGUAACAGUUCUGCUGUUACUUUUCUAAAAGGAUCAAAGGACCAUCUGCAAAAAAAUGGUUAUGUUCAUCCUCUGAAUGGUGCCUUAAAACAACAAGACAAUGUUUCUUGUUCAAAAUCUACACACCAAGGAGCAGAGUUCAGGUGCCCUCAACCAAAAGCUGAAGAAAUGGGAAUGUCUAGCUGCCCUUCUUCUAGUGAUCUUGGAUCAGAUUUUACAGAAUCCUUAGCCAGCACCUCACUAACAGCCAGCCCAACAAGGGCCAAGCGAAGCUCUGAUUCUUCCAUGCUUUCAGAGCCACCCUCAGCAACAGUCGCAGCUAUUCAGGAAAAGCAAGUAGAUUCAGAAAGGUCGCAUAGACAGGAUGAGAUUAGCCGAGUCAGACUGAAUGGGAGUCACCAUAUCGCAUCGAAUGUCACCCUAACAGGCAAACAGUCAGCACAGGGCCCAGAGGCUGGGAUUAUCUCAGAGUUCUUCUCUCAUUCACGACUCCAUUAUAUAUCUACAUGGCGGAAUGAGUUCGCAGAGUAUGUGAAUACCCUUCAGAGCAGGCGACGGGCUGCCGGGGGUGUCGUGUUCUCUGGAAAAGAUAAGCUGAAGAAGUUUAGAACUGACCACUGCGCAGGUACCUCAUUUAUGCCUACUCCUCAGGUAUGUCAGUCCUGUAUUCUGCAUGUGGACAUGGACUGCUUCUUUGCAUCAGUUGGGAUUAUACAUCGCCCUGAACUUAGAGGGAAACCAGUGGCUGUGACGAGUAGUCGUGGUCGGGGGCUUGUUGCUCAGCGUCGUGGUGCCAACCCCCAACUAGAGUUCCAGUACUAUCAGUGGAAGCAGAACCAGCACAGAGCAGGAAGAACAGAUAAUGACUUUGAGAUGACCCCUUCUCCAGAGACUGAGGAGAAUGGCAGUGAUGGAGUGGAGCAUGACCAGACUGCACUCUCUAUGGCAGAGAUUGCUUCCUGUAGCUAUGAGGCCAGGCAGGCUGGUGUGAGGAACGGCAUGUUUUUUGGUCAGGCUAAGCAGCUGUGUCCUGAGCUGCAGUCGGUUCCCUAUGACUUCCAUUCGUACAAACUGGUGGCACUGGCAAUGUAUGAAACUCUGGCCAGUUAUACAUAUAACAUUGAGGCUCUAAGUUGUGACGAGGCCUUACUGGAUGCCACAUCCCUCCUGGCAGAGCUGGGGGUCACCCCUGAUGAGCUGGCCUCUGCCAUCCGCUCUGACGUGAAGGAGAGGACUGGCUGUUCUGCCUCCAUCGGCAUGAGCUCCAACAUCCUCUUGGCUAGGAUGGCAACCCGGAAAGCAAAACCAAAUGGCCAGUAUUUUCUCAGGCCGGAGGAAGUGGAUGACUUUAUCAGAGACCAGCCUGUCACUAGCCUGCCUGGGGUGGGACGCUCUAUGAGCAGUAAGCUGGCCUCUCUUGGUGUGACUACUUGUGGGGACCUGCAGCAGUUGUCCAUAGUGCGCCUGCAAAAAGAGUUUGGCCCAAGGAUAGGACAAACUCUCUUCCGCUUCUGCAGAGGGCUGGAUGACCGGCCUGUACGCAGAGAGAAGGAAAGGAAGUCUGUGUCUGCUGAGAUGAACUACAAUAUCCGCUUUACAAAAGUAGAGGAGGCAGAAACGUUUCUGACAAACCUGUCUAUGGAGGUACAGAAGAGAUUGCAGGGGGCAGGACUUAGGGGGCGCCGAGUUACCCUGAAAGUUAUGAUGCGCAAAGCAGGCGCUCCUGUGGAGCCUGCCAAGUAUGGAGGCCAUGGCAUCUGUGACAACCUGGCAAGGUCUGUGUUGCUACCUCAUCCAACAGACUGCGGGCAGCUCAUAGCAGCUGAGGUCAUUAAGCUCUUCCGUGCCAUGAAGCUUGCUGUUGUAGACAUGAGAGGAGUGGGACUGCAGGUGCAUCUGCUGGAGAGCCUAUCUCGCUCUCGCUCUAUCAGAGAAUUGCUCACAAGUAGACGGCCUAUGUUCAACCAUAGCAAAGAUGUUCAAAAAACAGAUGAUUUGUCUAGAAUGUCUUCCAGUCAAAAGGAGAUUUGCUCUCCUGCCACAACCUCCUGUACUUUUUCAGAUUCAAUGCCUGGGACAAGUAAAGGGGGACUUUCUGGCACACACUCACCCAGCCACUCUCGAGCAGACCUCAACUUCAGCAUAGAAGUGCCAUCUCCCUCUCAGGUGGAUCGCUCUGUGCUGGAUGCUUUACCUCCCGAGUUGCGAGAACAGGUAGAGCAAGCAUGGAACCACAAGCAGGUACCAGAUUCUUCAUUUCACCCAGCCACCCCCCAGCAAACCUUUACUGUAGCACCCUCUGUGCUGCUCCACCUCCCUGACCAGCCUGGGCAAACAGACAGCACAGGCAUCAUAUUGGAACUUCCCGACUUCUCCCAGGUCGAUCCAGACGUUUUUGCAGCACUACCCAGGGAAUUACAGGAGGAGCUACACUCUGCUUACAGACGCAGAGAAAAUACUCAGGCUCAAGUAGUGGAGCAGAGGAACCCGCUCCUUCACCUGAAGCAGACUGCAGUUGGCAGGACAAAGCGGCGCUACAAGAGGAAAAAUGCCAGUCCUGCCAAGAAAGGCUCUAGUCCAUUAAAGAGACUCAUCCCAGGAAACAGUCCUGCAAAAUCAAGUCCCUCCAAAACCAUCCCACUUUUACUAAAAGGCAAAGAAGCCCUUUCUGGCUUCAAGAUUGAAAAUGUACCACCUUCAUCCUCUCUGAGCCAUCAAGCCCCUGAAGUGUUAUCCAAAUGCACUCCUCGUCCAGUCCCCACCCUAGCUGGAGCUUUUGAACUCAGCGAUGUCAGAACCCUGCUGCGGGAGUGGGUUACUACCAUUUCAGAUCCUAUGGAGGAGGACAUUCUGCAGGUGGUGAAGUAUUGCACAGAGCUAGUGGAGGACAAAGACCUGGAGAAACUUGACCUAGUCAUCAAAUACAUGAAGAGGUUGAUGCAGCAGUCAGUGGAGUCUGUGUGGAGCAUGGCCUUCGACUUUAUACUGGACAAUGUGCAGGUGGUGGUGCAACAGACCUAUGGCAGCACCCUGAAAAUCACUUAGAAGCAUUUGUGAGGUCUGUUCCUGCACUGACAGCUUGAACCUACCCUCUUGCCAGGAGAUUAUAGAAGCAAGAUUCAACACUGGUGGCUGCUUCCAUGUAUCUCCCUGUUGCUGUUGUAUGACUGCACUCUUCCUUUGGAUCAAGCCUUUCUCCUAGGACACAGAGGCAUGUAGUUGGGCUUAAACAACUACAUUUUCAACAGCAAUUUGUAUUGUUACAGCAACAGAUUAUUUUUGUAGCAACAAGACACACGGUCUUAUGACAAGGAUAUCAUAUCAGCAGCAGUCCGUGGCGUAUGUUUGAGUACAGAAUGACACCACAUUUUAGCCUGGUCGUAAUAUGAUCUUCAAAAACUAUCCUGAUGUCAACAUCUGAAUGUUUUGUCCUGGUUGCUCUGAUCUAUUUCACAAUGAGUGCUAUACUAACACCAGAAACAUAUGGCAAACAUGGUAGCAAAGUAAAAGGUGACUGAGGAUUUUUCCUCUAAAAUAGGUCAAGCCUAAGGUUUGACAAAAAAGCUAGCAUUUUGUAACUCUCAAGUGCCAGAUUUUGUAAGUAUAUUAUGUAGAUAACUACAUGUAUGUAGAUGACAAUAUUUCUAAAUAUUCUUUUAUUUGUGUGUGUAUAUAAUGUUUACAACAUUUUGUCUUGUGUAAGAGAGAGAAAUGAAGAAUAAUAUAAUUGUAAUUAAUCAUUUGCCAAAGUCCUUUUCAGAUUUUCAGACCAUUUCAUCAUGUAUCUGUAUGAUAAGCCCAUAGACCAGUGUGGAGUUCUGGGUAGCCUAUAAAAGCUUUCAUCAUCUCCAGAACACUUCAUAAUUAAGCAGAUUUGGAUGUGUGUUUUGAAAAGAAUUGUCACUAAAUUACAUGAUGAGAGUUAAUCUGCUCAUAGUGCACCUGUUGUAUUCUUUUAUUCUGCCACGAGUAUACAUAAGGGAAGGCCUGGAAAUCUAUUUGGUCAGCAAAAUCUGUCUCAAAUGACUGACCUGUGCCUGAAGACCUGAAGCUGUGACAUCAUUUGUAUGUUUUUUUAAAAAUUUGUUAAUAAACUUGGAUAUCUGCUCUUAUUAA